GCGGGAAAGGAGAGGGGUGGGAGCGGGGUGGGGGCAUCGCGACCCAGGGCAAGGCGGCGAGUCGCCGUCUUCGAGUCCCACCUGUCCGAAGCGGGGUGAGAAAAGGCACAACAUGGCAAAGCCAUGCACCUCCCAGGGUGGGCAACUCACGGCCGGUGAACGCCGGACCCUUAGCAGUUUCCAGACCUUUGGAACCGGAAGCGGAGCCUGAGAGCGCGCCCGAGAGGGCGUGAACGGGACCGCUUUCCCGGAAGUGCUUGCGGCCUCUGCCCAGCGAGCUGCCCCGGGGUCUCUCCGGUUUCCUAAUCAGGGCAACGCCGCGGGAGAGAACCUUUACCUUGGCUGCACUAAGUUCUCGGUGCCACUCCCUGGCAGGGCGGGACCUUGUUUAGGCCCUGUGAUCGCGCGGUUCGUAGUAGCGCAAGGCGCAGAGUGGACCUUGACCCGCCUAGGGCGGGAAGAGUUUGGCCCGCCGGGUCCCAAAGGGCAGAAUGGACGGGCUCCUAAAUCCCAGGGAAUCCUCUAAAUUCAUUGCAGAAAACAGUCGGGAUGUGUUUAUUGACAGCGGAGGCGUACGGAGGGUGGCAGAGCUGCUGCUGGCCAAGGCGGCGGGGCCAGAGCUGCGCGUGGAGGGGUGGAAAGCCCUUCAUGAGCUGAACCCCAGGGCGGCCGACGAGGCCGCGAUCAACUGGGUGUUCGUGACAGACACGCUCAACUUCUCCUUUUGGUCGGAGCAGGACGAGCACAAGUGUGUGGUGAGGUACAGAGGGAAAACAUACAGUGGGUACUGGUCCCUGUGCGCCGCCGUCAACAGAGCCCUCGACGAAGGGAUACCAAUAACUAGUGCCUCGUACUACGCGACAGUGACCCUGGAUCAGGUUCGGAAUAUACUUCGUUCUGACACAGACGUUUCCAUGCCUUUAGUAGAAGAGAGGCAUCGGAUUCUCAAUGAAACCGGGAAAAUUCUGCUGGAGAAGUUUGGAGGCUCUUUUCUCAACUGCGUCCGAGAAAGUGAGAAUAGUGCGCAGAAGUUAAUGCACCUGGUGGUUGAAAGUUUUCCUUCUUACAGAGAUGUGACUCUGUUUGAGGGGAAAAGAGUUUCUUUUUACAAACGAGCCCAAAUCCUUGUAGCAGAUACGUGGAGUGUAUUGGAAGGAAAAGGAGAUGGCUGCUUCAAGGACAUCUCCAGUAUCACCAUGUUUGCUGAUUAUAGAUUACCUCAGGUUCUUGCUCAUCUUGGAGCCCUGAAAUACUCUGAUGACCUACUGAAGAAGCUUCUCAAAGGAGAAAUGCUCUCGUAUGGAGACAGGCAAGAGGUGGAAAUCAGAGGGUGCUCGCUUUGGUGUGUUGAGCUGAUCCGGGAUUGUCUUCUGGAGCUUAUUGAACAAAAGGGUGAAAAACCUAAUGGAGAGAUCAAUUCCAUUCUUCUGGAUUAUUACUUAUGGGACUAUGCCCAUGACCAUAGGGAAGAUAUGAAAGGAAUUCCGUUUCAUCGCAUACGUUGCAUAUAUUAUUGACCUCAAGUGUAAACUGAUCCAAAGAAAACCCCCUGCGUUUUAUAUCAUAUCAUCUGUACAGUUUUGCUUUGAUAUUUAGAGAACAUGAUCGAGGUGAUAGGAAAUUGAUUGCCCAUUCUUACUUGAAAAAUACUUCCUAGGCCGGGCACAGUGGCUUAUGCCUGUAAUCCCAGCACUGUGGGAGGCUGAGGCGGGUGGAUCAUCUGAGGUCAGGAGUUUGAGACCACCUGGCCAACAUGGUGAAACCCCAUCUCUACUAAAAAUACAAAAUUAGCUGGGCGUGGUGGCACGUGCCUGUAAUCCCAGUUACUUGGGAGGCUGAGGCAAGAGAAUCGCUUGAACUCAGAAGGUGGAGGUUGCAGUGAGGCGAGAUUAGGCCAUUGCACUCCAGCCUCAGCAACAAGAGUGAAACUUUGUCUCAAAAAACAACAACAACAAAACUUCCUAGGCCAGAUGUGGUGGCUCAUAUGUAUAAUCUUAGCACUUUGGGAGGCCAAGGCAGGAGGAUUGCUUGAGGCGAGGAGUUCAAGACCAGCCUAGGCAACAUAGGGAGACCCCCAUCUCUACAAAAAUUUAAAAAUUAGCCUAGCAUGGUGGCACGCUCUGUAAUCCCAAAUACGCGGUAGGCUGAGGCUGAGGAGGGUGGAUUGCUUGAGCCCAGGGGUUUGAGGCUGCAGUGAGCCACAGUCACGCCACUGCAUUCUACCCUGGGCAACAGAUGGAGACCUUGUCUCAAAAAAAAACAAAUUCCUGACAUCGCUAUGUAUUCCCAACUUUAUCAUUUGUCUGCCUGUUUAGUUUUGACUUAUGUUUUUUUUUUUUUUCCCCCCUGUGGACAUGUAGUUGACAGAAAUCAUGAAGGAACUUUAAUAUUUUAUUUAAAUUUCCUAAAACUAAUCAUGCCUUAUGUGACUAAUCUUCAGUGAUAAUAUUUCAUCUAUUGAUAUAUUUUCUUGAGGUGUGUAAUUUUCAGUAUACCUUAAUCAUUUGGUAUAAAAAAGAGAGAGGUUUUUGAUAUAUGAAUGCUGUUCUUGUAAAAAUCAAUCUUGACACUUUAUUUUAAACUUUUUAUUGGUAAUGACAGUGGGUUUUGUACAUCAUGAUUUUCAGUUUAGGAUAUCUGUCUAAUUUGUUUUUUCAGAGUAACUAUAUUGGAAUUCAAUAAAAAUAUUCAACAUUUUUCUUAAA